ACGCCAAGAAAAGCAAAAACCAGGGAUACUUGGCCGAUGCCAAGAAAAAGCUGACUUUUGAUGGUGGAAACAUCACCAAGUUCCUAAUCGAUUAUGAAAAUCUAGCAGCCUUACUAAGAUGGACCGAGGAGAAAAAAAUGGAGCACCUAGGCCAGCAUGUGUCACUCAACCUAGGUAGGGACAUAAUGGCAAUCGUCGCAACAAGCGGAUCAUGGAAAGAGGCGAGGGACGUGAUGAUGAGGAAGUAUCUAGCAGACGAAAAGAUGGCCACGGAGGCGGAACUGGCUACAGUGCAGAGGAAGAAUUUCGCAACAUACAACGACUUCCUAAGGGAGUUUACUCUCGUAGCACUACGAAUCCCGAAGUGACGGACCGAAUAAUGAGCAAGUACUUGCUAAAGCAAUUCACCGAGUUUGACAAAGAUAAGAUCUUGUCCGCAUACCAGCAGACAACAAAGUUCCUGAACACUAGAGACAUAGAUUUCAGCACUAUAACGGAUAUUGCAGAGAAGAUGGUGGUGACUGACUCGUUGGCCCUGCUAAAAGAAGGAGAGAUCAUAGAUUUGACAGGCAAGAUUGGAGAUAAAGUGAAGAAAGGAAUCGAAAGCCUGCACGAGCGGGUCCACGGGGUUGACGGCAAGAUAGAGAGAGUAGAGGACGCCUUACUGGUGAUGCAAGCCCAUGUCUCUCAAACGCAAGCAGUACGACCCCCCCUCCCGCCACAAGAGGCAAUCGUACCCCCAGGGAUAGCCAACCGCGGUAAUAAUCGAAAGGACCCGGCCAAUGAGCAGUGCAAGUACUGCACGAUAGCCGGGCAUUUUGUCCGCAUGUGUCCCAGGCUUAACCACGAUAUCAUCCUUAAACGGUGCUUUAGAACUUUGCGCGGGGAAAUCCUGGGGCCGCGAGGAGAGAGGGUAAACUGGAACUCGCGGGGAGGGAUGCGCAGAGCAGUAAUCGCACUUAACAACCUGGACGCAGCUGCGGUGGAGGCUGAACCAGUAGAGGAACUUACCUGGGGACAGGCACCCGGGCGAGGGCACCAGGUUAACUUCAUCACCGAGAGUGAUGACCGCGACGGGGUUAAUGUGACCACCAGACAACGGGGUGCUACAAAGAAGGUAAUUCAGGACACAGUCAUGGAAGACGCGCAGGAAGGGUCGAACCCGCCAGCAGAAUCGGAUCAGGACAAAGUUUACGGCAAGCCUAGGAAGGAGGCACCCGUAGACAAAGCUAGUCCUAGACUACUAAAGGGCCUAAGACAGGUGCUAACAAGGCAAAUGUUGGAAGUAGCGGAGGAACCGGAUGUACGCGAAGAAGGCAAGGAAGAGGAGCCACCGCGGGAAGUGGCAAACCUUCAGAGGGCCCCCGGGGAUCUGGAAGGUCUAGAGAAGGCCUUCGCAGACAUCCGGCUAAGUCUGCCAGACCGGGAAGGCGGAGAAGUCAUGAGGGCACCGCCUGGCACGAAACUGAGUUUCCAUGCGCUACCGGUAGGGAAGCUGAAAGUCCAGAUUGGCGCCCACCAUACGGAUGCACUGGUAGAUGGCGGGGCAGAAAUCACACUCAUUCGCAAGGACUUUGCAACAAUUGCUGGGUGCCCAAUCAACCGGGAGGUCACGGGGAGUGUCCGGGAGCAGGCAAUCAAAGAAGUAUGCCAAGAAUCUCACCUAGCAUUCGCUUUCAAUGACCAUCAGAAAGGGCGCCUGGACGCGAAGCUGAUCCCACGAGUCAGGAUCCACAUGGUCGAGCAUGAGUGUUGGAAUGACAAGGGACCGGCCUACGACUUUGGGAUCGCAGGAGAAGUGACGGAGCUCCUUAGGGCAAAAAUGGACUCCUUCGUGGCAGAACCCACCGCGUCUCCUUAUGCCAACAAGUGGUUUGUAUUCCGCAAGCCCAACAAGUCACUUAGGUGGAUUCAGGACCUGCAAAAGUUAAAUGUUGUCACCAUCCGGGACGCGGGAUCGUUGCCACAGGCAGAUCUGCUGGCCGAAUCCCAUGCCGGACGCAGUAUUUACUCCUUGAUAGAUCUGUACUCAGGAUACGACCAGCUCCUGCUGGACGCACGAGAUAGGCCCUACACGGCUAUGCAUACGCCAGUUGGACAGUUGCAGAUGCAGGUCACGCCUAUGGGACUUACUAAUGCGGUAGCAGAGGCACAGGGGAGGAUGCUCGCGGUGGCCGGGGACAUGUUCCCAGACAAAUGUGAGCCCUACAUUUACGACAACCCUGUCAAACAAGCACGGGAGAAGGAUGAGACCAAAGUCCAGCCGGGGAUAAGAAAGUUUGUUUGGGACCACCUGCAGGAUAUUAGAGAGCUGCUGCGAAGAUUCCUAAAAUACAUCGUAACCGCUAGCCGUCCGAAGAGUAUCUUGGCAGUUCCAGAAGUCACAAUUUUGGGAUUUCGUUGUGGGGCCUAUGGAAGGAAGCCGGAUCCGGCUAAGACCGAUAAGAUAGCACAGCGGCCUACGCCCCUUCAAACUACAACAGAAGUCAGGGCAUUCCUGGGGGUGGUAGGCUUUUGGAGAAUCUUCAUAAAAGGGUUCGCAAAGAUAGCGGAACCGAUUCGAGCCAUGAUCCGUGAAGAAGGCACGCUCAAUUGGACUGAGGAAAGGGAAUCGGCCGUCGAGACCCUGAAAAAUAUUCUCACAUCCGAAGAAGUCACCCUUGCCGCUCCGUGUUUCAACGACGAGGUCGGUCGACCUUUCAUCCUUGAGACGGAUGGAGGACCAAUGGCAGUCGGCGGGGUGCUAAUCCAAAAAGGCGAAGAUGGUAGAGAGCGACCGAUCAGAUUUGAGAGUAGGACGCUCAAUUCGGCUGAGCGGUGCUACUCUCAGUUCAAGAAGGAGGUACUUGCGAUACUGCAUUGCCUCAAGACCUUUCAGGCUUACCUCUUCGGGAGGAGGUUUAUCCUGAGGAUAGACCCAACCAAUGUCGCCGGGGCCCUGAAGAACUAUAAGCCUAUAGACCCGAUUGUUGGAAGAUGGGUAGGAUUUAUCUGGCAGUUUGACUAUAAGAUUGAGCGCAUAGCCGGCUUUAGGAAUCGAGCAGACGGACUGAGCAGGGUGGCUCUCACACCCGAAGGGCUAGAAGAGGCAGAGCCGAUUGACGCGUUCCUCGACGACGAGGGCGGGAUGCUGGUAGUAGACAGCGAGAUGGCCGGAACCACUUGCACAACUGGGGAGCUAUUGAUCACAGCACUCGAAAAGGGGCCUCUGGCAGUGGUUGCCGAGUUAAGGGAAGGAAUGGUCACCAGAGUUGGAAGGAGGGAAGAGAAGGACGCUUGGGGCAGUGUUGUGAAGCCCCGGGAUAAACAAAUCGCACUAGCCGUUGAGGGAGGCUGGAGAAGGGUUAUGAGCAUGAUGGAGUCUCAGGAGCUGGAGAUGCAGCACUAUCAGGCCUAUCAGGUGGAUAAUAAUCAGACGGGUACUCAGGAAGAAGAGCAGUUCUUCCUCAUCAAGUCAUAUGAAGGGUUGUUCAGAGAAAUUGGGUUGCUGCUGGUGGGGAACAAGGAACCCCACGAGGUUAGUCCUAAAGCUAGGGAGGAAGCGGAUAGGUAUGUGCUUAGAAGGGGGAACCUAUUCCGAAAGGAGGAAGGCCUGAUGCCCAGGAGAGUAGUCUGUGGAAGGAUACGACAGCUCGACAUUCUUCAGGCCAUGUAUGACGGAUUGGCCGGUGGCCAUCGCUCAUCCAAAGGGACCCUAGCCAAGAUAACGCCGCUCUAUUAUUGGCCGGGAAUGGCAUCUAUGGUAGCCACAUACUGCCAGACCUGCAAAAUCUUCCAGGAACGAGGCACGGUCCGCAUUUUCGAGCCACUUAGACCCACCCGCGUGUUGGGGCCAGGGCAUAUGGUACAUCUCGACCUGGCAGUCAUGCCGGUUUCCAGAAAAGGGUACAGGUACAUACUUGACGCAAGGGAUAACCUUAGUGGGUUUGUCGAGGCAACCGCGCUCAAGAAGAAAAGUGGGUUUGCAGUUGCAGACUGGGUGGACUUUUAUCUGAGGCACCCGUUCAUCAGGAGAUUCAUAGCCGACAAUGGGACUGAGUUUGUGAACCAGGACGUCCUGAAUACCUGCAAGAGGCUUGGCGUACCGAUAAAAUUGACAGAACCAUUCCAACCUGAGGCCAACGCGCCAGUCGAGCGAGGGCACCAAACGCUUAAGAACACGAUUGCAAAGCUGGCAGCAGAUGACCUUGGGAACUGGCCGGACUAUCUCAGACACGCGGUAUUUGCCGAGAAUAUGACACCAAAAAGGACGACGGGAUGCAUCCCGNCACGCGGUAUUUGCCGAGAAUAUGACACCAAAAAGGACGACGGGAUGCAUCCCGGCAGAGCUAUGUUCAGCCCGUUGACCCCACGUGAGAGGGAGCUCAGAGAAAUCCAACAGCUUCACCAGAAGUUAGAGGAGGAUCUGAAGAAAGCAACCGAUAGAGAAAAAGAGAUAAAGAAUAGAGCAGCCAGGCUUGAAACGUUAGAGGAUGACAAGGCUGAGUUAGAGGGAUUGGAUGAGUCGGCAUUGACUGACCCGCUGAAAACGCUGAAGAAGAAUAUGUUGUUGCUGCAUGCGCAUGUGAACAACAGAUUAGACUUCAUGCAAAGCACUCUAGACCAGAUCCUAGACAUAUUGACAAGGCCAGGAUUCAGGCCACCAGCACAAUCGCCGUUGCCGUUAUCGGCGAUGUCAGGCCCCUUUCCAGUUCAAGCUGGUACACCACCAAGUGGUACGUCUGCAGCAGUCGCACAGACUGUUGCAUCUUCUUCUUCGGGUCCAGCGGUGGUAGCUACACCACCGCAACAACCUGUUCAACAAUUUGGACAACCGCAGGGUCAAUGGUAUCCCAAGACCCCAAUGAAACCGCCUCUUGCCUUCUCAGGCGAGAGAAAGGACGAAGAACUGAACACCUGGUUGAGGACAGUCCGGGUUUGGGUAAAGGCCAAGAGCACCUUGCUAGAGGACGAAGUGGUAACUGCUGCAUCUUACCUCGAGGGUAAGGCAGCCAAGUGGCUAGAUGGAGUAGUUGUAAAGGCCGGGUACGGGCGACGCAUGGCGGACUGGGCUAAGUCUCUGACGUUAGACCAGUUCAUGGAAAUGGUAGAAGCUCGAUGGCAUAAUCCACAGGAGGCGCAAAGGGCCACUGAUGCCAUUAACAAACUAGACCAACGCAAGUUCAAGUCAGUUGGAGAGCUUACGACUACCGUUGAGAGCCUGAUCCUCAUUCCAGGCAUCAACUACAGUGACCAGUUCCUGUUGACUACUUUUGUCAGAUGUCUUCUCGAGAACAUCAGGAACUUGCUGGCCAGCGAGGCACACACAGAUUACCAUUCGUUUGAGACAUUGUCUAGGAAGGCUUUAGAUUUGGAGGCUACUCUAGGCAAUGCUCAACCCACCUCACAGAAUGACACGAAGAAGAAGAAGAGUCCUCGGGAGUGGAAGAAGAAGGGGGCGAAGUUGAUGAUGGUUGAGUCCGAUGGGACUCAAACGGAGAUCGGCGAGCUCUCUGACCUGAUGGACUAUUCAGAGUUUGACGGCGAGGAGGUAGCUGAGGGUAGCACCCUCGCCGCGGUAGUCAAGACUAAGGCAGGUGGCCGAGGGAAAGCCCAACCUAGGAGUCAAGGGAAGGCCGCCUCCAAUCAGACCAAACAGGUUGAGUGGGUUAAGGCAGGUCUUGAUCAAGACGUGUGGCGUGACCGCCGAACGCGUGGCGCUUGUAUCAACUGCGGGGAAUACGGACACUCGCAGUACAAGUGCCAGAACGUGAAGGUUACGCAAAAGGUAGCUCCAAAGAUAGGGGCAUCCUAUUCCCAGGCUUCUAUCUCGGGAAACGCGUGAGGCCAGUGAAAGUUUUAGCAGCUUCUACUCAAGAUGAAGUGGGCUUGAUACCCUUCCAACUUCAUGACAAGGCCAAAGCUAAUGACUCCUUAGUCACCCUGCAGACACAUCUAGACCAAACUAUGCUCUGUAUGUUAGAUGUGUCUGAAGCCUUAGAAGACUUAAAAGGUGAGUGGUCAAACAAGGACCCUCGCGAGUCUUGGGUGGCGCUGAAGAAAGGUCCUAGAGGGGAACAUUUUGUGGUGGAAGUGGAUGUAGGAGGCCGCAAAUGUGGUGCCUUCAUAGACAUCGGAUCCACACGAAAUUACAUAAGUCGCGAUUGUUUGGAAAGGCUGCACCUACAGGACCGGGUACGGCUCCUUAGUAGACCAGUAGCAUUUACUUUGGCCAACAAAGAGCGCAUAAUUGU